AUGAUCGAUGACAGUGUCACACCAGUGGUCCAGAAACAGAGACGGAUACCAGUCAAUCUCUCAGACCGGGCAGAAAGCAAGAUCCAAGACCUCCUGGACCAAGACACCAUAGAACGAGUUCCAGAUAACCAGCCACGCAGUUGGGUCAGCCCUCUGGUGAUUGCUCCCAAACCAGAUUCCAACGACAUUCGUUUCUGCAUCGAUAUGCGCAUGGCCAACAAAGCCAUACAACGCCCGUAUACGCAGAUACCAACAAUAGCUGAUAUUGUAAACAAAUUUCAAGGAGCAGAACGCUUCACUAAACUUGACCUCAAAGAAGCAUACCACCAGUUUGUCCUCGACGAACAGUCGCGUAACACCACCACUUUCUAUGGCCCUGAUGGCCUCUACCUCAGUACCGCUACAAAAGGCUCAAUUAGGAACCAAAUCUGUCCAGGAUAUCCUCCAGUUGGAGAUGCACAAGAUGCUGUCCGGUAUCCCAAGCCAGGUGAACAUAGCGCAUGA